ACCUUCCUCUCUACUUCAAGAACACACCCUUCCACAUACGUGAGGCUCCGACGUGAAAGGAUGGCAGACUCCAAAGGAGCCACACACAACAUCACCGCAGAACCGCCACAAGAACAGCACGGACAUGCACAAGAAUCCAUCGCCCCAAAUGUGACAACAACACCACCAACCCUCGACCACCUCACCAUAAUCGACUCCCAAGAAACCCGUCCCCCACGAACAAAAUUCCGCCUCGCCCUUAUCCUAUUAGCCCUUUACCUCGCCCUCUUCAUCGCCGCCCUCGACCACACAAUCGUCGCCACCGCAAUCCCCACAAUCUCCUCCGACCUCCAAUCCGCCUCCGGCUACUUCUGGAUCGGCUCCGCCUACCUCCUCGCCGACGCCGCAGCAGGUCCCAUCUGGGCCAAAAUCAGCGACAUCUGGGGCCGGAAACCCGCGCUCUUAUCCUCUGUUGCCUGGUUCUUCGUCGCGAGUAUUAUCGCCGCGAGAGCACAUAAUGUCGAAAUGUUAAUUUCUGCGAGGGCAUUGCAGGGGACUGCGGCGGGAGGGUUGAUUCAGUUGGUGAAUAUUACGAUUUCGGAUCUUUUUAGUAUGAGGCAAAGGACGUUGUUUUUGGGAAUGGUGAAUGUUGUCUGGGCUUUGGCUGGGGGGAUUGGGCCUUUGGUGGGUGGGGCUUUGGCGCAGUAUGUUAGUUGGAGGUGGAUCUUCUGGCUCAACCUCCCCAUCUGCUUCUGCAGUUUCGCCAUGCUCCUCAUCUGGCUCGACGUGCACAACCCCCGCACAAAACUCACCUCGGGCCUCAUAGCCUUCGACUGGCUCGGCACAAUCUCCAUCGUCGGCGUAGUCCUCAUGCUCCUCCUGGGCCUCGACUUCGGCGGCGUAGUUUUCCCCUGGAACUCCCCCACCGUAAUCUGCCUCAUAAUUUUCGGCGUCGUAAUGGCAGCUCUGUUCCUCUUCACCGAGAAAAAAAUCGCAAAAUAUCCUCUAAUGCCGUUAGAAAUUUUCAAGAACCGAUCCACGAGCGCGGCAUUUGCGGUUUGUUUUUGUCAUGGAACGGUUUUCAUUGCUGCGUCUUAUUAUAUGCCGCUUUAUUUUCAAUCGGUCAAACAAGCUGAUCCUCUUCGUUCUGGAGUUCUCAUCCUACCAUACGCGAUUCCGGAAGCUGUCAUGGGAAUCGUCAAUGGUUUCAUCAUGCUCAAGACAGGACAUUAUCGAGAAAUUAUCUGGGUGGGACUUGUGCUUCUCACAAUCGGAACAGGACUCUACAGCAGUUUGACAGAAUCCACAUCGCUGGCUACAGUCAUCGGAUUCGAAAUCAUUGUGGGAUUCGGAUCGGGUUGUCUUUUCGAAGCUCCACUUGUUGCAGUUCAAAGCACAACACCUCAAGACGAUACUGCAGCCGCUACAGCAACUUUCGGUUUCAUUCGGAAUGUCGCGACGGCAAUGUCUCUUGUCCUCGGCGGGGUAGUGUUUCAGGAUGGGAUGAACAAACGAAGUGGAGAACUAGAACGAGCAGGACUCGAUGGCACUUUGAUAGGCGCGUUCUCGGACAGCAAAGCAGCGGCGAAUGUGGAACUUAUCAAGACGAUUCAAGAUACGAUGCAGAGGGAAGUAGUGGAAGCGGCUUAUGCUUGGAGUAUUCGGCAUAUGUGGAUUAUGUACUGUGCGCUUUCUGGGACGGGUUUGCUGGUUUGUGUUUUUAUUGCGCAUCGGAAGCUUAGUACGGAGCAUACGGAGACUAAGACGGGGCUGAAGGGCAGAGUGCCUGCUGCACAGUCGCAGGUGUAGAGGUGGCUUUUAUCCUUGCCAAUCUUGAAGUCAUAUUCUCUUCACCUUGCCUUUGGUCUGCCCUGCUUCUUGCUCGAAGCUCGUACAUCGAUUGCGCGAUGUUGUGUAGUCUUUUCCAAAGGACGGUAAGAUGCACAGAUUUGUAUGGAUCUCAUUGAGAUCAACCAAUGUAAAAGGCAUGGACUUGCAGAAUCACGCGCCAGUCCAUGUAGAAGGCAUGAUUGCGCAUUACCUGUUCGAUUGCUAGUCGAACUUUCGCCAACCAUAUACGCCUCUUCCUCCUACGCUUC